UAGUUCUCGGUGAAUCGGUAGUUCAUAACAUACCAUUUAUGCGUCCAGGUGUUAGCCAUCGAAUACAUGAUGAAUUGGUUGUCGCAUAUGGUUACAAAUAUUGCACCUUUGAUCUCUUUCCAACAAAGAAAUUGUAUCUAAGCGUGGGAUUAACAUUUAAGAAACAAAUUCUGAUUUUCCUCAGUAGCCACAAGCAGUGUCUCGGUUGUGACAUUUCGUCUCCCGUUUGUUUACCUUACUUACAAAUAUGUCAGAAUUCCGCUUUAUUAUUUUCGUGGUCAUUGUUAUUACUACGGUUGCCGAUUGCCACAAAUGGCCUCCCAAAAACAAAGUGCUUCAUAUUGGUGGCAUUUUCCCAAUAAAUGGAACUGAAGGAUGGCAAGGAGGCAUGGCUUGCCAACCUUCAGCUAUGAUGGCUUUGGAGGAUGUAAAUUCCAGAUUUGAUCUUCUGCCAGGAUAUAAACUCAAAUUACAUUGGAAUGACAGUGAAUGCGAGCCAGGACUAGGAGCAUUGGUCAUGUAUGAUCUUCUGUAUAAACCUCCGCAGAAACUUAUGCUUUUAGCUGGAUGUUCCACAGUUUGCACAACUGUAGCCGAGGCAGCCAAAAUGUGGAACCUUGUUGUGCUAUCUUAUGGUGCCAGCUCGCCAGCGCUUUCUAAUCGACAACGGUUUCCUACACUGUUUCGGACUCAUCCUUCAGCCACUGUUCACAACCCAACUCGUGUAAAAAUUCUUCAAAAUUUUGGCUGGUCACGGAUAGCGAUUCUGCAGCAGGCCGAAGAGGUUUUCAUUUCGACUGUGGAGGACCUGGAAACCCGAUGCAGGGAAUCGGGAAUCGAGAUAGUAACUCGGCAGAGUUUUCUGAAUGAUCCUAGCGAGUCCGUCCGUAACCUCCGUCGCCAGGACGCUCGAAUCAUCGUGGGCUUAUUUUACGUGGUAGCUGCUCGCCGAGUACUGUGCGAAAUGUACAAACAAGGAUUGUAUGGAUCUAGCUACGUUUGGUUUUUCAUUGGUUGGUACGAAGACAAUUGGUACGAAGCCAAUCUUGCCCAAGAGAAAAUCGAAUGCACGCGCGAACAAAUGAAAGAGGCGGCCGAAGGCCACUUGACUACCGAAGCACUGAACUGGAAUCAAGAUAAUCAAAGGACCAUUUCUGGAAUGACAGUAGAAGAUUAUCGCAAACGCCUGAACGCUGAGCUACUAAAAAACGGCCACGAUGUUACGGUCCGUUUCCCAGAUGGAUAUCAAGAAGCACCGCUUGCUUAUGAUGCGGUUUGGGCCGUUGCUCUGGCACUCAACCGAACAAUGCAUCGUUUGGCUGAAAGAGGCCGAUCACUCGACGAUUUUACGUACAAUGAUGCCGUUAGCGCUGGUGAAAUUUAUUCGGCCAUGAACGCUACACAGUUCCUCGGAGUGUCGGGAACGGUGGCUUUCAGUUCAAAAGGUGACCGUAUUGCCUGGACCUUGAUUGAACAAAUGAUCAACGGCCAAUACAAUAAAGUGGGAUAUUACGAUACCCAAACGGACAACUUGACUUGGUUAGCUGAAGCGCGUUGGAUUGCUGGAAAAAUCCCACAGGAUCGGACAAUUAUUAUUGACAAACUAAGGACGGUGUCGUUUGGUCUAUUUGUUACCAUGAGUCUCGUCUCCAGCGUUGGCAUUGCUGCCGCCAUUGGUCUCAUCAUUUUUAACCUAGUUUAUCGGGAACAAAAAUUGAUCGAGCUAUCUCAGCCGGCAUGCAAUAACGUUAUGUUAGUUGGCAUCGUGCUGUUGCUGAGCAGCGUCAUUCUGCUUGGAAUGGAUGGUGAUUCGGUGCCAGUCGUACACUUCCCCAUCGUUUGCCAAUUAAGAGCUUGGCUUCUUUGUCUUGGAUUUACUUUGGCUUUUGGCGCAAUGUUCUCUAAAGUCUGGCGCGUUCACCGGCAAUCCACUAAAUCAAAAGAAGAAACAAGUAAAAUGAAGGAAAAGAAAAGUCGAACUCAGUCCGCUAAAUCAAAGGUCGAUUGGGUGUUGGUUGGAUUAGGCUUCAUUGAUGUCCUGAUUCUGACUAUCUGGGCUAUAGUCGACCCUCAGAUCCGUACGCUGGAGAAUUUCCAAUUAGAGAAUCCCACCGACACGGAAGAAGACAUCAAAAUACGACCCAGUAUGGAACAUUGUGAAAGCAAACAUCAAAACAUUUGGCUAGGUGUCGUCUACGGGUACAAAGGGCUAUUGCUUAUUUUUGGUUUAUUUCUCGCCUAUGAAACACGUAGCAUGAAAGUCCGCUCCAUUAAUGAUUCUCGCUACGUCGGCAUGUCGAUUUACAACGUCGUCGUCCUCUGCUUGAUUACGGCUCCGGUUAGUCUGGUUAUUUCCUCGCAGGCGGACGCUAGUUUCGCGUUUGUAACAGCUGCAUUGGCGUUCUGUUGCUUCAUUUCAAUGGCACUCAUCUUCGUACCCAAAGUGGUCGAAGUGGUGCGGAAUCCGGACAGACCGGGAGACGGCGAUGACGAGACGGAUCAAACAGUUUCCAAGGAGGAGGAAGAACGCUACCGAAAACUGCAGCAAGAAAAUGAACAGCUUCAGCAGCUGAUUGCAUCCCGUGAACACAAGCUCAAGCUGCUCAAUCAGCGACUGCUUGAGCGGAACGCGUCCGUCAAUGUCAAUGGAGUCACGCCAAGUCCCAUCGUUAGCACCGCGAACAACACAACCGUCUCCACUCCGCCCAUGAGUGGAUCAACGCGAACUACAACUAUCCAUCUUCCUCCAGCCAAGAAAAAUAGUGAGGUUAGAUUUUCUACCUCCUCCAUGGAAAUGCUACCUAACAAGACGCGAGUGGGAGUCGGGAUAAUGAAGAUACAUUGUACGGAAACAAUCGUGACGGAUACGGCUUCGUCAGCCACGCCUACGACGUUGGUGUUCAACGAGCAAGUCGUGGAUGGUAGUGGAGAUGAUCAGGAAGAAUACGAGGAAGAAUGCGUGGCUGGUGUUGAAUUGAUUGAGAAAAUCACGGAUAGUCCCAUGUUCCAAAGAGGAGGAGCGGCACGUAGUCCAGAAGAAUCUUAUUUAUGAUUCUAUCAGUUAUUCCUCGCCGAUGCCUGCGCCAUUUGUUUUUCUCCUAGCCCUUCCGCUAUCAAUUUGAUUUCGUUUUUAAUGUUAAAUAUUAUUAGAUUAAAAUUAGUCUAGGACAUUAGCUGUCUGAGGAGCAAAAAGAUGUUUCGUGUUUUACGCUUUCCAUUUCACCAUGUCCAUUUUCCACGUCCACUGGAAAAUUGUUUUUCGUCUUAUUUAAAAGAAAAUGAAUUUAAACAAUACUUUUCGUCGCCCGGUUUGGUGUUGUCUAAUUCUCUAUGUAUAUCAAGUGUUGUUAGGAACGCGAACCAUUUCAUCCAUCCUAUUGUGUGCGUACGCUCAUCUCUCUUCUUGACUCUUGUAGCAGACAGCUAUAUAUUAUAUCAAUCAUUUGUCUAUUUACAUAAAGUAUAAAGAAGAAUACACUUCGAGUUGUUAAAGUCA